UAAAAUCUGUCUGAAUUGGGGAGUGUUGCUUUCCUCGCGGGCCACGUGUAUUAUUAUGUGGCAUAAUUGGUAAUGUAAAUGAUAGUCGGUGUGCUCAAAUGAGCAUUGAUACGCCGCCGUAUUACCAUAUUCAUUUGUGUGAAGACGGCGCGCCGCGACCUGACGCAGACUUUAGCGCGACCUCACUCCGCUAGGCACCUUUUUCCAUGUUUUCGCAACUACGACUUAUUUCUCAGAACUGAGUGCGUAAUCAUAUUUUGAUGGGAACAGUGCGUUAUCAAGUGAUGUUUUAUAAUUUCUGUUGAUUAUGAACAGUACGUCAUAGGUCAGCCCACAUAUCUUAUCAUCUCUUUAAAUGUUUGUGCUUAAGUCGGUUGAAGUCAGUUAAAGCCAAGCAAGUAAUCGACAGACUGAUUGAGCAGUGUUUAAUUAUUUAUUUGUGUAACAAAAAUAACUGCAGUAUUUUAAUUUUAGGUUUCUUGUGGUGUUAGUGUUUUCAUAUUGUUUUUAAAUAUUUUUAAAGUAUGCCUAUCCGUCGUAGUCAGUUGUUGGUGAAGUGGAUUUUCGAGAACCAGCACAAGCUGCGGACGGUCCGGCGCUGCAGCUCCUCGCUGCGGUACAAGGAGCUAGAGGAGGCUGCCGUGGCCGCGCCCGAGUACGCGCCGCCCGUGCACGACGAGCCCUGCCCUCACGGAGAACCUGAACAAUAUUUCAAGUAUGAAGAUUUACACGUGAAAUUAGCAGCGCCGUACCAGCUGCAGCCCAAACCAGACGCUAAAGACCUCGGUUUCGGGAAAUACUUCACGGAUCACAUGCUCAAAAUCAACUACCAAGUGCAACUGGGCGGUUGGCAGAAACCAGACAUCAUCCCCUUCGAGAACCUAAGCAUCCAUCCUGCUGCGAAGGCUCUUCACUACGCAAUACAAUUGUUUGAAGGAAUGAAAGCCUACCGUGGCGUAGAUGACAAAAUUCGGUUGUUCCGGCCUGAUCUCAACAUGAAGAGGAUGAAUCUGGCAGCGCACCGCUCCGGCCUGCCGAUAUUCAACGGAGAGGAACUCAUCAAAUGCAUGAAAAGACUCAUACAAAUUGACCAAGAGUGGGUGCCACAUUCUGAAUCCUCCACUCUAUAUAUUCGACCAACGCUUAUAGCAACCGAGGCGACUUUUGGCGUGAUGGCGCCCGAGUCGGCGCUGCUGUUCGUCGUGCUGAGCCCGGUGAGCGCGUACUACAAGACGAGCACCGACGGCGCCGUGUCCAUCUUUGCGGACCCCAACGUGGUGCGCGCUUUCCCCGGCGGCGUCGGCAACAGGAAGGUGGGCUCCAACUACGGACCCACGAUAGAGGCCACGACGCGCGCCGCGCAGCUCGGCCACCACCAGGUGUUGUGGCUGUUCGGCCCCGACCACCAGCUCACGGAGGUCGGCGCCAUGAACAUCUUCAUGGUCUACAUCAACGAGAAUGGAGUCGUUACUCGUAGACAAGCAGCUAAGCACGCCGCCCCUGAACGGGCUGAUCCUGCCGGGCAUCACGCGCCGCUCCAUCCUCGAGCUGGCCAGCCAGUGGGAAGACCUGGUCGUCAAGGAGGAGGUCAUCACCAUGGACCGAGUCAUCAGUCUCAACAAACAGGGAAGGCUACUGGAGAUGUUCGGCGCGGGUACGGCGGCGGUGAUCAGCCCCGUCAGCCGGAUCGGCUUCCUCGAGGACAACAUCCACAUCCCCACCAUGCACCAGUCCCAGCCCGUGUUCCAGCGGCUAAAGGACACCCUCCUGGCCAUCCAGUACGGCCACAUAGACCACCCCUACUCUCUCAUCAUCUCAUAGUGACGUGAAGUGAACUUAUAACUAAGAUAAAAGACAAAUUACUGUUUAAAGGCCACAGGGUCAAAGUGUUUAGAGUUUAAGGAAAUCGCGGCAGGUACCGUCAAGUGAUUUGAACUUUAUUGCUCGGAGUUUAAAAGUAGUGAACUAAUAUAGACUCGUGCCGCCUAAUGUGCAUUACAAUGUACACACUGUUUAAAUGGAAUUUGAAUUUUUCUUAUAUCCUAUUAAGGCCCUAUGUGUAUUUCAAUGUACACUCCGUUUCAAUCUAAUUAGAACCUUUCAUAAACCAAAUAGUUGCAUUUCUUUUGUUUAAUUGCUUUCUUUAACAAACAAAAUUCAUCCCAAUGUACUAUAGAAAAAGGUUUAAAUUAAAAAUAGGAGAACUUUGUACGGUGGCCCUCACGAGGUUAAGACAUACAAAUUAAGAUUCCUUCUGUCACGUUGAAUUUUCGGACAAAUGAAAUUCAACCCAAUUACUAUGCAACUAGAUUCAAAUUUCCUUAAUAAAAUAUUGCAUGGUAGGUAGGCGGCACGUGGAUAGUUGCAAGACUGGACUAGUUAAAAUAUGGCGUUAAUCAUAAACGCCCUACAAGCCUCAAUUAGCUAUUAAUCGUUUGUCUUAAUCUGCCAUUUUGACUUAUGUAUUUGUAAGAAAGUGAUAAAACAUAAAUUAACUAUUUGAAGCUUGUAAAGUUUCAUGAAUAAGGGGGGUAAGAGUGUAUUUUUGUAGGGCACUUAUUGCCAUGUAUCAAGUCCAGAUCACUCUGCUAAUAGACCCGUCUCAAAGCUUAUACUCGUUACGUGCAACCUAAGCAAACUUUGAGACGCUGUGCGGAACGCGUUGUGUGAAAAACAUUAUAUUUCUGCAAUCUCUAGAUUUUAAUUUUAGAAUUCAAUUAGUAUUUUUGUAUAAUAAGUUAAUAACGCUUGAAUUGUGCAGAUGUUAAAUAAUUCUAAGGUAUUCUAUUUAAUAUAAAUUAAUUAAUUUUUAAUGAGCGCAUUCAGUGAAUUGUGUUCUAAUAAACCUUAUUGUAGUAAAAGAAAUGUGUCGAGACGGUUUGUGUUUCGAGUGCAAGUGCAACUACGAAACGAGUGCAGUUAAAUUUAUUAUAGACUUGUGUGGACAAUUCUUUACGGGAUAGAAAAGCGUGUGACUUAAUCUCUGUUUUUAUAUCACAGAAAAUAAAAUGAAAAUAAAUUGCCCAAUCUAAUCUACCUAUAGUAACCCAUCAUCAGGAUUUAUAAUAAAAUUAUAGUUAGAUAAUCUGACUGGGAUAUAAAAAUUGAGCUUAGAUUAUUAGUUUCAGUUGUACUUUUUAUUGUAUACUAAAUUAAUACAUACAUACAGACUAAGAAGUACAUACUUGAAAGCUAGAGAUGCGCACCGGAAGUCGACCAGGUUUGAUAACUUUUAAAUGUUUAUAGGCAAACAUUUAUUGUAUUUUCUAGUCUACUUCAUGAGAAUCUGUACGAAUUUGUUAAAUAUUUAUAAAUAUACGUUU